AGCUGAAACGUCGUGAAGGAGGCGUGAGGCCUAGCUCUCCUGUAUGCAACCAGCUAGCUAAAGCUCUAAAAGAUAAUCGAUCGUGUGUGGAUUUUAUAAAACGUGAAACAUCGAUUGAGUAAAAUAAAGAAAAGGAACAUAUUUUGCUGCAGGAGUUCUACCUGCCACCAUGUCGCUGGAAGCACCAGACAUGGGCCAAGAUCCUGCACCAGACAUGUCCCCAGAACUAGCUGCAGAUUCUGCUCCAGCCCCAGAAUUAGCCCCUGAGCUAACACCAGAUACAGCCCCAGAACUAGCUGCAGAUUCAGCUCCGGUCCCAGUAAUGAAUCCAGGUUGUAAGAUCAUGACAUUCCGGCCCACCAUGGAGGAAUUCAAGGACUUUGCCAAAUACAUUGCCUACAUGGAGACUCAAGGAGCACACCGCGCAGGCCUGGCGAAGGUGAUUCCCCCCAAGGGCUGGAAGCCACGGAAGUCGUAUGACGUCAUUGAGGAGAUGACGAUCCCUGCUCCCAUCAUGCAGGUGGUGACGGGCCAGUCAGGCCUCUUUACCCAGUACAACAUCCAAAAGAAGUCCAUGACUGUGGGGGAGUACCGCCAACUGGCCAACAGCAGAAAGUACUGUACUCCCCGACACAAGGACUUUGACGACCUGGAGAGGAAGUACUGGAAGAACCUCACCUUUGUGUCUCCAAUCUACGGGGCUGACGUCAGCGGCUCCAUCUAUGACUCCGAGAUCAGUGAGUGGAACAUCGGCCACCUGAACACGCUGCUGGACAUGGUGGAGCAGGAGUGUGGCAUCGUGAUCGAGGGGGUGAACACUCCCUACCUGUACUUUGGCAUGUGGAAGACCACCUUCGCCUGGCACACAGAGGACAUGGAUCUCUACAGUAUCAACUACCUCCACUUUGGAGAGCCCAAGUCCUGGUAUGCCAUCCCACCUGAGCACGGGAAAAGGCUGGAGAGGCUGGCUCAAGCAGGCUUCCCAGGCAGUUCCCAGGGCUGUCCUGCACUUCUCCGACACAAGAUGACUCUCAUCUGCCCCCGUCCAUACUGAUAGAAGAAGUACAGCAUCCCCUUCGACAGGAUCACUCAGGAAGAAGGCGAGUUUAUGGUCACCUUUCCUUAUGGCUAUCACGCCGGUUUCAACCACGGCUUCAACUGCGCCGAGUCCACCAACUUUGCCACCCUGCGUUGGAUUGACUACGGCAAGAUGGCAACACAGUGUACAUGUCGUAAGGACAUGGUGAAGAUCUCCAUGGACGUGUUUGUCCGCUGCCUGCAGCCGGAGCGCUACGUCCAGUGGAAACAGGGCAAGGACGGCAUGGUGCUGGACCACCAGCGACCCACCACCCUGACCAGCCCUGAGCUGGAGCACUGGAGGGCCAACCGGGUCACCUACCGCCAGAAACUGCUUCAGAGAGCUUUACAGAAGAAGGAGCAGCUGCGGAGGCUGAAACUGGAGGAGGUCAAGGUUCUGGCGGAGGAAGGCAUCGAGAUGGAUGCCGCCGAGUACCAACGUCAGGUGGAGGAGCGAGAGGCCCAGCGGCGCCAGGAGAGGGAGGAGAGGAUGGCCCGGGAGGCGUUUCAGACCCUGGAGGCCAUGGAGAGAGAGGACCAGGAGAGGGAAGAACGGGAGAGGCAGGAAGCCGUCGCCGCCAAGGCCACAAGAGUACACGACCCCCAGGCAGACCCACAGCACUUGACGGCGAAUGGAGAGAAGAAAAAGAAGAAGAAGAAGAAGAAGAAGAAGCAACAACAACCUGCCCUGCCGCUGGCCCCUAUAAAUUCCUUCCAAGCAGCGUUUGAGAAGUUUGCUACAUUCAACAUGCCCCAGACACCAAAGGAGCCCCAAGGCAGCAAUGACACGGAAAUACCAGCAGAGGGCAGGCUUGAUGUGAAAGGCAUGCAGCAGCAGUCAUCGUACUACUCUAAGCAGUUGAAGAUUAAGAUGGAGGUGAAGAAGAGUCGCCGGCACCCCCUCAGCAAGCCGCCUAUGCGCUCUCCGCUAUCCAUCGUCAAGCAGGAAAUGUCCAGCGAUGAAGAGCUGUUCUCCCCUUUGCCACUGGAUGGCCAUGUGAAGAAGGCGGGCCACUUGUGGCAGAACCGCACUCCUAACAUCCUGGCUGAGAAGAGUUUCAACGCGGCCGUGGCCACCCUGGAACCCUACUGUGCCGUAUGCACUCUGUUCUGCCCAUACACCCAGCCCCAGAAGGACUCCUUCCCCUGUUUCAUCCAGCCCCAGUGCCCCCAUUUGACUUGCCUAGUUAAAACGUUACAUUCUCCCUCUCUCUCUCUCGCUCUCUUUUCUCUCUCGCUCUCUUUUCUCUCUCGCUCUCUUUUCUCUCUCGCUCUCUUUUCUCUCUGUCUUUCCCCUCUCUCUCUCUCACUCCCCCCAGGUUGUUAUGGUGUUAGUCUGGACACGGUACACAAUCAAUCCUGGAUGUGUUCGCGAUGUACAGCGCUCGCCUGGACAGCGGACUGCUGUCUGUGUAACUUACGGGGAGGGGCUCUGAAGAUGACCACAGACAACCGGUGGGUCCAUGUGAUUUGUGCCAUCGCCGUGGCGGAGGCUCGCUUCGUCAACGCCAUCGCAAGGGAGCCGGUGGACAUCAGCGCCAUCCCCGAUAGCAGGAAGAGUCUGAAGUGUGUGUACUGCCACAAGAACACCAAGCAGAUGUGCGGGGCGUGUAUCCAGUGUUCCCAGGACAACUGCUCCACCUCCUUCCACGUCACCUGCGCCCACAUCGCCGGUGUGCUCAUGAAGCCAGCCGAUUGGCCCUACGUGGUGUCUGUCACCUGCCACAAGCAUAAGAAGACCAAUCACAAGGCAAGGGUGGGGUCAAGGGGGGAGUUUUCUCUUGGUCAGAAGGUAAUUGGUCGGAACAUCGAUGGCUGGUUCUACCCCUGCACUAUCAUUGGCAUGACCUCACAAACCUUCUACGAGGUCAACUACGAUGACGGCUCCUACUGUGACAACAUCUUCCCCGAGAACGUUGUGAGUCACGACUGUCUUCGUAACGGUCCCCCAGAGACCGGCGAUCUGAUGUUGGUCCACAACAUGGAGGGCCAGGCGCUCAACGCCUCCUACGUCAAGGAUCACGUGCACAAGUACUACCAGGUGGAGUUCCAAGAUGAGUCCCAGCUGUUACUGAAGCAAACAGAGAUCCAUUCGCUGGAGCAGGACCUGCCCAAGAGGGUCUGCACUCGCCUGGCAAUACCAACCCAGGAAGCCCUUCUGUCAGGAGACGAACCACAGGCAGCCAAGAGGCCUCGCCUCCCCGCCCCUCACCCCACACCUCAAGCCCCUAUGGACCCCGGUUGCCAACCCCCAGCUACAGGCCCUGUACCUCACAGUAUUACACCUCACACACCCAGCCAUGCUCCUGGUCCCUCCAACACUGAUAUCAGCGACCUUACCCUCACCCAGGCUCUGGCAAUACCCAUCUCCGAGCCCACCCUCACCCCAAUGCCAACUCUCACUGAUCCUCUCCCAGCCCUGUCGGCCCUAGCCUCCCCUCUGCUGCCCCUCUCCCCAGCCGUGCCCUUCCAGGACCAGGGUGAAGCUUACACAGCCAGGUCUGUGCCCUUCCAGGACCAGGGUGAAGCUUACACAGCCAGGUCUGUGCCCUUCCAGGACCAGGGUGAGGCUUACACAGCCAGGUCUGUGCCCUUCCAGGACCAGGGUGAAGCUUACACAGCCAGGUCUGUGCCCUUCCAGGACCAGGGUGAGGCUUACACAGCCAGGUCUGUGCCCUUCCAGGACCAGGGUGAAGCUUACACGCCCAGCUCCAGCUACGUGUCCUACAUGGAGACGCUGCUCAAUACACACUUCCCCCCUCAGGAAGAUGGCCCCGGGCCCCUGUUUUAAUGAGACGCACCACUCUGCCGUGAUAGCUAGGCUAGCAGGAGCAAAGCUAAUGCUAGGAAAGAUAAUGUAAUCUAUGCUAAAGGAGGCUAAGUGAUAGACAGUAGCAUCUGUUACAGAAUGCAGAUAAAGCACUCCUCAGUUGCAUGUCUUUUAUUUUUAUUUUUAGGGUGGGUGGGGUGU